UGGCUGGCCAUGGGCUGUGCUAUGCUAUAAACAACCUCAGUGUCCCACAUUGAAUAACUGCAGAGCGCAUUCAGGAGCUCUGGACACUUUUGUUCUUUAGUAGAAGGAGAAGCUUAAUGUCAACAAUAUGGGGCAUCAGGUGAUAAUAUUUGACUUUUCUGUCAUAAGAGGACUGUGGGAAACUCGAGUUAAGAAGAGCAAAGAACGUCAGAGGAAAGAGAAAGAAAGAUUAGAACAAAGUGCAUUGGAGAAGAUAAAACAGGAAUGGAAUUUGAUACUAGAGUGCCGUAAGAAAGGUAUUCCUCAAUCAAAAUACCUCAAGAAUGGCUUUGUAGACAUCAAUGAGAAGAACCUGGACAUCCAUGGAAAGAAUCCUCAGCUCAAGAAGAGUCAUGCCUUGUCAGAUGGAGCAAAUAAAGAACAGAACAAGUUUAUUUUUCAGCUUUCUGGAGAGCAGUGGACGGAACUUCCAGAUUCUCUGAAAGAACAGGCCUAUCUGAAAGAAUGGCAUGUGUACAAUACAUUGAUACAGACCAUUCCAGCCUACCUUGCACUAUUUCAAGAUCUGAGAGUACUGGAAUUGUCAAAAAAUCAAAUCAACCACCUUCCAGUGGAGAUUGGCUGCUUAAAAAACCUCAAAGUGCUCAAUGUGAGUUUCAAUAAUUUGAAGUCAGUUCCUCCAGAACUGGGUGAUUGUGAGAAUCUAGAAAAACUGGAUUUGUCUGGAAAUAUGGAAAUAACAGAGCUCCCAUUUGAACUAAGUAACCUGAAACAACUCACAUUUGUGGAUGUGUCAGCAAACAAGUUCCAUUCUAUUCCAAUUUGUGUUCUCCGGAUGUCUAAUUUGCAGUGGUUGGAUAUUAGCAGCAACAGCCUGAAAGAUCUCCCAGAAGACAUAGACAGGUUAGAUGAAUUGCAGACCCUCCUCCUACAGAAAAACAAGUUGACUUAUCUUCCACGAGCUCUUGUCAAUAUGCCAAAGCUCAGUUUGCUAGUUGUCAGUGGUGAUGACCUGGUUGAGAUACCCACAGCCAUCUGUGAGUCAACCACAGGUUUAAAAUUUGUAAGUCUCAAGGACAGUCCGGUUGAAACUAUUGUAUGUGAAGACACUGAAGAAAUUAUAGAAAAUGAACGUGAACAUGAGCAAGUUGAGAAAGAGUUUAUGAAAGCAUACCUUGAAGACCUAAGGGAAAGGGAUAUACAAUCUCCUCCACACUUACACCACGCAGCUGCUGCCCUCAAAAUCAAGUCCAAGGAAUACCAAUGCACCUGUGGAAAACCACCUCUCGGUAAAAAAUAUUCUCCUCCUUGCUGUGUGAAGAGAGGUACAGAAAAAAGAUGCAAGGAUAACCAGCCACCCACGCAUCCAACAAACCUGCUGUCGACCUCUCAGGCCACGUUAAGAGAGGGUAAUAGCCACACAAAUGUGGAGGACUAAGAAAAGUACUCUAAGCUUCACCUUAUGCUUUCGCCUCGAUCCCAGCCAAAAAUACCUGAGGGGUUUCAAGAUGCUGUCAUGUUUCUCUGGUGUGUGCCUGUGGUUCAACACUAAGGGAAGUAUAGAUUUUACGUUUAACUUUUUAUUUGUUUUGCAUCACAGUAUGAAGGAAAAAAAAAAUCCAUCUAAAUUUUCAGUUGCUUGCUCCAUCAGAGCUUGCAUGGUAGCAACAUUUAGAGCAACAGGUUUGAUUUCACCACCAAAUGUCACAGCUCAUUAAACAAGAAAAUAGUGCUAUCUCUUGCAGAAAAUGUUAUGAAACUUAUAUGGUAACAAUUUGAUCCUUCUUGUGUAUGUAUUCUCAAAAAAAUAGAGAUGAAGACUGGGAUUUUUGAAGAGUACUUGACACUAGUGAAAUUCUGCUGCUGUUCAGGCAAAUGGCAGAUUUGACACUGUCUUCCACAGAAGAACUGAGAAAGUUCUUGUGAUGAAAAAUUGGUUUAUUUUUCUUUUUAUUUAAGGAGAAGAAAGGAAAUAUAUGUAUUCAAAUAGAAACAUUUUUUGUGAGUACUACCAGUAGUGCAUUUGUAGAAAAGUAUAUUAUUGACAACAGUGGCAAAGUUCUAGGCUGCACAGUCUGGGGAUAUUUUACCUGCCUCUAAAUGUUCUCAUUGACCCCUACAGAGCUCUAUAGCACUUUAUGAAGCACUCAGUGAGGUGUCAGAGGAUGUGGUGCAUCAUCUCAGCAAUUUGCCAUUUCUUUACUGUAUGCCAGAAUUAGUCAGUUGGUUAGAAUAUGACAUUCUACUGUGUUUUGUAAGGAAGCAUCCUCAAUGCCUGUGUAGAUGCCCAUCUGUCUUUUUGGGGAAACCUGCAGAAUUGAAAAGCAACUUUUCCAGCAAAGUAGAAUACAUGAUUUCCUGAGGCUUUGCUUUGUAAUGUUGCACUUCAUAUGUGGAUGGGAUGCACACAGAGGUUUCUGAAUAGAAAUGGUUAGAAAGAGUUUUGAAAGCCAUGGAAACAGUUCUCAGCCAUCAUCAAGAAAAAUGAAUAGUUUAAUAAAAUAUGUGAUAAAAUCAGGUUAAUUUCUAAAUUUUUUAUCUGUUUCCUCUGUGAAGAAUGCUGCUAUCUAUCCCUCUUGAAUAAUAUCCUUCUCCCAAUAAUGUGCAGCCCCAUAAUUAAUAAAGAUAUGUGGAGAAGUAUGGAAAUGUACCUUGGGAACAACUUAACCUUUUGACUAACAAGUGUUGCUAAACUUAUCUAAAGUGCUGCUAACUGAACAUAACCUGUCUGGAAGAUUACUCAUGGAUCAAGGCAAUAAGCAACUUCUGAGCAGUUUGGGCAUGUGAGUUGCUGCCAUAAUGUAAAGUUCUGCACAAAAAUAUCAGUUGGUGUGCUUAGAUGAGUAUGAUGGCCUUGUUUUCAUGUCAGAGUAGUAACACAUUUUUCCACGUCUUCUGGAAAUGAUGUUAUUGUGAUUAUAAACUUGAAAGGAUUCCUGAGACAAGUUCAGAUUUUUGUUUGCAGUAUUGCUUUUGUUGGGAUAGUACAAAACUCAGUAAACCAAAUUUCUAGAAGCAGAAUGGAAAAACAAAAUUUUUCUGAAUUCCUUAAUUUCUUGAGAAAAGGUCUAGAGGGUAUCUUUUGACGUUAGAAUACAGCUUAGCUGGCUUAUCUCACUGAUAAGUUCUCACUUCUGUUAUUUACAGUCUGUUGCUGUUUACUGUCCAGUCAUAAGCUAGCUGAAAACUCACUUUUUUUUUUUUUAAAAAACGCAGCUUCAUUAAAUUUCUUGGCAUUAAUUUUAUCUUUAAGUCUGUACAAGUGAAUGGAUACAGGGCCAAAAUUGUGCUAUACAAGAACAGAAUACUCUUGCUGUGUUUUAAUCUUCAGCAAAGCAUCGUUUGAAUAUUAUAUUUUAUAUAUUUUUUUUUUAAUGUACAGGUUUAUAGGAUUUUUUCUUUUAUUAUUGUAGUAGAAUCGAGACCCAUCUAUUCCAGGCAAAUAAAUCCACCUGAGAAGUCUGUUUUCCAGUGCCAUAUAUGUCUAAACUUUGUGUUUUUAAAAUGUGUCAUAUAUGUGUCUCUAGCUUUAAUCUAAAAUGGUUGAAUCAAGAGAAACUUGACAUUUUUUUCAAUUCAAUAAUGGCCAAUAUGUAUUUACUUUAAAAUAUCUGAUGGAAAAAUAAAAAUUCUGACUGUGACUUUAUGAACUAUCUGAAAGGUUACUUCCUUCUUAAUGAAAUCCAUAUUCAGUGAAACUUUUCAAGAGAUAAAAGUGACUAUUGAAAUAAGGCAAUUACACUUCCUAAUCUGUAUUUAUUUUGGAAUUUAAGAAAACAUUGUAAAAUUUGAAGAAGCCCAUAAGUUGGCUGUACAAAUAUGUCCGCAUAUGUAGAACUGUGAAUUUAUAAAAAUAAUUCUCAAUAUUUACUGUGGAUUAUUCAAAUAUUUUGUGCCUCUUCUGAUGCUUAAAUCUAUUGGUUUCUGUAAAAGAUGGCAAAUUGUAUUAGUUUUUCCAACCAGAUACUUUUUCAGCCAUGUUUUAAAGUUUCUCUGUGAGGAUAAGUCCCACUAUAACAAAAGGAAGGAUUUUUUUUUUUUUGACUUUUACCAGAAUAAUUAAAGCAGAAAUUUUGCAGAUUAUAUUAAAUAAUUUUUCUGUGAAAUACUGGCGAUUUUUUAAAUAUAUUGCCUCUUUGGACACAAUUAGUCACUGAAAAUGCAUCUUCAAAAUCAGUUUUAGUUGUGUAGCAUGUAUAUGUAUAUUUCAAAACUUCAAAACACAACUUAUAUGAGUAGUUAAUGAGUAGUUGCAUUCAAAUAAUUUUUUUUUUUUAGUAUUAUGCUAUCUAAGGAGAGACAAGAGUGCAUCAACUCUGAAGUGCUAAGCUUUAACAUAUGUCUAAUUUUUAUUCUUAAAAAUAUUGUCUGUUACAGUUCAAAUGCAGCUCUGUAUGUGAAAAACAGUUUGCUGACCAUCUCAAGAAUAGUUGUAAUUCUGUUAGAGUGGUAUAAAUCAGGGCUGUAAAAUAUUCAACACUCUACAUUUAAAUUUUUUUUUAAAUUUUAGUCAAAGAGUGUCUUUUAUGUGACAAUUGAUUGAACCUCAUUGACUUUUAAAAUGGCAGAGGAAUGCCUGUUUGUUUGGGUUUCAGCAUCUUCCCCUUCACCUUCCCCUUUCUCUUUCCUUCCUGUUUCCCUUUUCCUUCCCACAUCUAACAUGAAAUUUUGUCAAUACACAUUUGUUGCUGUGACAGAAAACCUAAUUAACAUAUAAUAUUUUAGUAGUUCUAUGCUAAUUUCUUCUUUUGUGCUAUAUGCAGCUCUUGGGAGUGUAGCUCUUUGUGCUAUAUGUAGCUCUUGGGAAACAUUAGAGAAAAAUUUCAUACUUUACCGUAAUCUGAUAGACCCUAAUUAACAACAGUUGUCAAAAAUUGAGACAAGCAGCAGAUUCGACACGUUAUAUUUUUUGUUAUCAUUAAAAUGAUGUAUACAUAUGUGAUACAUUUUCAGGAAUGCUAGGAAUGUAUAAUUUGUGCUCAAUACCUGACCUGUGCAUUUAAAUAUAUUAUCACUACUUACAAAAUACAGGAUUGCUUUUGUUCUGUAGAAAUUUUAAUUAAAGUUUAGAUCAUAAAUUAAAUACUUGAAUGUGGGUAAGUUUUUGUUCUAUGAAAGACUAAAGAAGUAUAAGCUGGUUUUCAAUAUGCUGUCCCAUUGGAAAACAUGAUAUGACAUAAAUUUUGGUUUAAACUGUUGCCUUACUUGAAAAGUAUGCAGAGCCACAGAUAUAUGAGAUUUUUUUCAUCAACAGCUGAAUAAGUAUAGUCAUGAAAGGACUCUGUCAAAUGUCUCUCACAAGAAGGGCUUGAUCACUUCUGUGACUUUUGUUACAAAGAUGCUGUGCAUGGGCCUGCACUUUGGAAACAUCUGAAAACAGAAAUUAGUUUGUGCUCCAUCUCUUGGGAGAGGUCAGCCUCUCCUUAGAGCUCUCACCUUGUGGGCUUAACUGAUGUUCUGCCUUGAUUCUUAGGAUGCCAGCAGCCAUUUGGAGAAAUUUGGAGCAGGGAAAAAUGCAGACACAAGUGAGAUAAUGAAUAUCAUCAGCUAGUGAGCUGAUGAAUAUCCUCUUAAUGAUAUUUAACAGAAAUACAAGUUAUUUCCUUUUCUUUGUGGUGCAUGAGUGUAAGGUAGAAAUAAUGUUGCUGUAACUAUUUGUUAUUAGCUGUUGUUUCUAGAUGCCUCAUGUAGGUGCAAUUGCUCUGCUUUCUGUGUGUUGAAGGGUUAUUUUAGAUAUUUAAUGGUAGUUUUUUUCACCUUACCACAGAGAUGUCCAGCUGCUGCACAUCUUCUAGUGCUUUUCUUCUUUAUGAGAAGAUGAAUGAAGGCCCACUAAGAGAAAGGACCUUUGAUGGAGAACUAAAAGCACUAGAAAAACAAUCCAGUGAACCCAUGUUUGAACACAUAAUAUAUGCUUAUGAUCUGAGAUCCUGAAGAGGAUUUUGUUGUUAAAUACAGCAAAGGUGGAUUUUGUGAAAACACUGAGUAAUUUUUUAGUUACAUGUUGGAAAGCUGCCUUGUCUACCCAGUCUCCUUAACUGAGAAGACCUGAGAUGAAAAAAAUGUGUGAAAAGACAGUUCUUCAGAGGCAAUUGUUUCAGUGUAUGCUCUUCCAAGUCUGUGUUUGUCUAUUCUUUAGAAAAAAAAAUAAAAUUAUAAAUUGGGAUUCCUGUAGAUACUCUGGACUGUUGUACUCCUAAACUGAACACUAAGAGGGUUUCUGUGAAAGGUGAUCCAAAAAAAACUACAUGUGGAGCUGGGAGAACAGAAGGGUCAAAAUUAUGUGUCUGGCCAGCCAAGAAAGAAAAGCAACCUUGGUUUGACCACCAACACUCAGGCAUGUUUGUAGGACUGAGAGAUGUGACCUGGGAAUUUAAUAAUACGUGGAAAAAUUGGUUUGUGCAAAGUAAUAUGCUCAUUCUCCUCCUCUGUAGAAUACUUCCUUUCUACAUUGUAGCCCCUUUAACUGUGUCAUUCAGCAGGGAAGUGAUAUAUUAAAUGGUCUGUGGUGCAUUCUGUGAAACUUCACACUGUGAAACUUCCUGCCUUGGGUGGUUGUAGCUUUACCCACUGUUACUUAUAUAAUUUAUUAAGAAACCCUCAAAGUUGACUAAUCCUUGUUACUGCAAGCUAGUGCUUGGCAAAAGGCCUACAUUUAUGGCACUGGUUAUUUGUGAUGUUCAAAUUAAUGUACAAUCCCUUUUCAUUCAUUUUACUAAGACUUAAAUUCUUGGCCUUCGCAACCUGAUGAGUCAUUAGUAUUCAACAGCUAAUUACAGGUCAUGUUUUAAAAGUAUUUUUUAUAGGAGCAUAAUGUGUGUUACCACAGUGUUACUCCAUAUAGGCUGACAUUGUAUUUAACUUUCACCUAACCUGAAUAAGGUUGUUCCUGGAGUUCCUCAGAGCAUCUUUUUGAGAUGAAUCCAAAUCUCAUGGGUUUUCAGACCCCUCAAAACAUGGGAUCUCAUAUAAGCUGUGAGGAAAGCAUACUGUCAAUUUUCUACCAUUUAGAAAUUUGACAGCUUUUUCCUUUCGUUCCUCUUGUUUGAUGCAAAAAAAUCCUCUUGUUUGAACAAAAAAAAAAAAUCAUCUCAUGAGCAAGGGGCUGUAUAUUUUUAUGCAUCUUGUAUGAAAUUUAGAACAUAAAUCAUUCUGAAAUUUGCAUAUUUUGUUCACCUCUCUUUUUUUUUUUGUGCUAAGGUCUGUCAAUAUACACAAAAGAUCCAAGGGUGGUUGUGACCCACCUCUGAAGCAGAGCAACUGAGUUCAUUUUUAACAGAUUAUUUGGGAUGACUUAAAACAAAUUACUCAAACUUAAAUGGUAUUAAAAUGAACUUUAUUUUGAGAAAUUGCUUUGAAAUCUAACUGGAAAAACUGUAAGUAUUGGAAAAGGGGUCUAUAGCCAUUCUGAAGUUUAUGAUCAUCCUAUUUUUCCUGGAGAGGAAAAUUGCAAAGGCAAAAGGAGAAAUAGAGAGAUUUGAGAAGAGCUUAAAUAGAUGGUUAGAUUAGAUAGAUAGAUAGAUAGAUAGAUAGAUAGAUAGAUAGACAGAUAAUCACUCCCCAUGGCUCCAGUGGUAUGUGUGUGGUUGUGGCCUGUAGUCAUGAUACACAGUCCUGCACUGACAGGAGUAGGGGCCCAUGUAUGCAUGGAAAAUUUGUUUUCUGGUUCUUCCAGUAAGUUCCCCAGUACAUCCUCUGUUAGAAGUUUUAGACAGGGUCAAUCUUCUCUCUUGAAGAUUCUGGAAGUUUGUUGACAUCAAGAAGGUAGGUGAGUGUGUCUGUCUCUCCAGAUGUGCCUGGACAAAGUUUCUGCACAAAGUUUCUGAGUAAAUUUUCUGAGUUUUGCAGUUAUACAGUGGUGGCUCAUGGAGUGGGAAAGAGAUCAGCACAAUAAACCCCCCCUCUGUCUCCAGAUAAAGAUGGUUCUCUUUAGUUUGAAAACAGCUUGAUUAAGGCAAAUUUUAGCCCCAGCAUCCAAGUGGUUCACUACAGAAUGUUUGAGAUGUUUCUUUAAAUGUUAGUCUUUAUGUUUGUCUUUAACCCCUUCAGUGUGCAUAUGAAUCUCUGGUCAUAAUAGUUUCUGGCACAGCCAUGAGCUUUGUGAUACAGCUGAUAUCACAUAUGAAAAAUACUUUGGCUUUACUUCUGACAGGUUAAGAAAAGUACUAUUUAUGCUGAUUCUGUCCAGGUGUAACUUAAAGACUAAUGGUGAUCUCCAGUUUCUCUUGCAUCACUGCUGGCACUGUUGAGCUGCUGGAGAGGCCACUCAGGCAACUUGCUUUGUCUUAAUAUAGCCAGGGAGCUUAUGUCAGUAAUCUGUCAAAUCUAACUUUAAAAAAAGAGAAGGAAGAUACAUAAGAUAAUCUUUUAGUAUUAAUAUAUAUAUAUUUUGAAGCAGAAAAAUAAUUGCAAAUUUUUAAUGCUUUAAGAUGCUCAAAAUUAAAACUUAGGAUAAUGCAUUCAAGUUGUCAAAGUAUGCAUGUAAAGAAACAGACAGGUUGGUUAUGUGGUGUGAAUUUCUGAAUGUGAAAAAACCUCUAUUCAGCACACAAAUGAAAUCCUUCACCCAUGAGGCCAGAAUGGGAAAGAUAUCCACAAAUAUAUCAAAGGGGAGAAGAGGUGUUAAAGUGAAGUUUAAAAAUAUAGUGAUAAUGAGAGACUGUCAUUUUCUGAGAUGGGAGUGAUUCUUAUCACAACAGGUCAGGGGUUAUGUGCAGUCAGAAAACCCAGAUUGUAGCUGGAAGUCAUGAGAAGGUAAUUGAAAAUUGCAUCCUGAAUUGAGAAGUGGUAGUCUGCCUUUGUGCAUGCAGAAAUUUGCUGACAUGCAUGUGGGAAAUUAAGACAGCCAUUAUUGAGACAGCUGGAUUUAGAAACUGCAAGGUUUGUAACUGAAAGAAAGGUAGAAAUUACUUUUUCAGUCAAGGACUGAGUAAUUGUAUUCAUACAUCCUGAAGCAAAAGAGAUUGUAAGUAGCGUUAUAAAUAAACUCUUCCCUUUUUUGUGUGGGUAUGGGAAUACAAUGAAGGGUAGGUUGGAAGUUAAUGGGAAGACUGUGCAUAGCUUUAGAUACUGGGAAUUUAAAGGACAAUUGCCACUCUUGCCUGAAGUAAAAAUGCUCUAGGAGAUUUAUCUGAGAGAUAGGAACAGACCAUGGCUUUAAUUCUCUUAGUGGCAACAUUUUCCUUUCUUAAAAAUGGUUUCAGAUAUCUCUCUUGUACACAAAACCUCUUGUAUAAUCUGGUACAAAGCAAUGCAGAGUAGAAUUGUAUUGAUUUUGAUGCCAGUUGGGGCUAGAUAUGGCAAUAUGAUGUACUUUCUUGAGAUUAAUAUAAGAGAACAUUUGUCUCUUUACAGAUCUAAUGAGUAAUCAUCUAUUAAAUUUGCAAGGCUGCAGUUAUCCCUGCUACUUUCACUUCUCAUAAAGGAUGAGUCCUUUUCAGCUUGGCCCGAUCAAUUAAUCCAGUCAAAACAUUCCAGUGUAAGUGCUGGCUAAUUGGGCUACUAGACAACUGCACAGAAAUAGUGAACCAUUAGAAUCAUUUUGGCAUUGUUUAACUUCAUAUAAAAUGUGCUCAUAAAAAUUUGGAGGAGGGUGAAUCUAAGGUAAUGAUUAUGGACAUAAUAAUGAUUGUGGACAGCGUACAUUUUUUCUCCAUUAUCAUCUGGGAGAAUACUUUUAAUGACCAGUGUAACCUAAAUGUCAAAUAAAGAAGAUUUUAAUUUAUCUUAGGUAAAAUUGACAUUUUUUUAAACUUGCUUUGCAGAUGUAAGUAAAAACCCCAAAACAAAAAUAAAUGCCAGAAAGCAGUAAUUCUGGAAAUGUUUAGUUAUCCCAUUUUUUGGCACAGGUUCCUAUACAGCUCAAUGCCCCUAAACCAUUAAUUUCUUCUAUUUGAAUUAUUUGCACUACACAAGCAUGUGCUCUUUCUUGUUUACAAAUGGAGUUGGGCAGGAAAAUAGACUAACAUGCCGUUAUUUCAGCAAUUAAAUUCUUUUCCCUGAGAUAGAGGUCACUAGUAGUUCCCAAGGGUCCUUUGAAUACCAUGUCACUGAACAAUUAAAAAUGUUUCCAUUAAGUGUCUUUCAAAGCAACAGAAUCCUUAAUUGUUGGCAUAAAAUCUUUAUGAUAUCAAUCCUAAAGAGGCAAACCACUUGUUUGCCAAAGGCAUGAUUUUCAGCCAGUUUGCAGAUAUUUGGAAUUUAAACAUCCCUCCAUCUCCCAACAGUGCUAUCCCCUAUCACAAUCCAGAGUAUUUGAUAGAUAUUGGGACUGGAAUUAAUAAUGGAGGUGACUUAUAUAGGUUUGAGAAGGAUACUGCCUCCAUUUCCUUAGAGUCAUCUGUCUAUCUUCUACUCAUUUCAGAACACAUAUAUGUAUCCAAAAGUCUGCAUCUUAGAAGACUGUUCCAAAUCAUGCAACGUUAUUGUGAGGUAACUCUUCUUGUCCUUGUCAAAUGUUUUCUGUGUCUUAAAAUAUGGAUUGUGAUGGAAGGAAAUGGGUUUUUCUGCUUGUACCUAUUCCCUAUUUUAUUUGCAGGCAGAAUGCUCUGUUUGCAGUUUUUUCACUAGUGAAUAGAUUUGCAAGCUCCAGAAGAGACCACAUGGUAGCUGGCUGUUUGGGACAUUCUCCCAUUUUAUAGCCUUGGGAAACUAAAUCCCAAAUCUUCUCAUCAUGAGGUGAAGGCAAUAUAUUAAUUCAAACCAUUUUUUGAUUGGAAAAGGGAUCCUUUUAUAUCCAGCUUUUCUGUUUUCUUCAAUUGUUUUGAAUUAAAAUAUCAAUUUUUUCAUCUUAAACCUUCUUCUUCUGCUAUCAAGAAAGAAGAAAAAGAAAUAGCACCACGCCUCAAACUAUUUUUUUUUUCAUUUUAGCUGGAGAAUUGAAGAAUAGUCCUGGUUACAAUUUCUGCUAUUUUUCUUUUUGUAUUUUUGUAUUUUUGUGUUUUCUUUUUGUGUUUUUGAAUUAUUCCAUUACUUAGUAAAAGAGAAAGUGUGAGGGUUUGUAGACAAAUUUGCAGUGGUUACAGAUGGUAAAUGAAAAACUCUUAUUGCCUGUAGUGAUUGCAGGAGGCUUGAAUUUCUAGUAAUUCAGCAAACGUACAAUAAGUGUGACAUCCACAAGGCAAUCAAGCACAACGGUUUUGGCUGAAUGUACUUAGAGUAACUAAAGCUGGAUUAAAAAGUUAGCUAAACUUUUAAAUCAUUCACUUUAACAAGUGUCACAGUAUUCAGAGGGGCAGAAUGCCAAACCAACAACUGUUAGGUCUCGCACCUGGCAAACAGCAGUUCAUGGCAGAGAAAAUGGUACUGACUGGUUAGACAUUCAGUGCAGUGUGUUUGGCAUUCUUGUCUCCUUAACUUGAUGCCCAUGGCAUAGUGUGAAAACAGAAAGACACAUUUUGCUUUCCUUUGGAGUGGUCAGGGAUGGGCAUGAAUGUGCCUGUAGAACAGUAUAUUUUUAAUGAUAGUCUAUGGCCACCUUCCUAAAUAGUCUAUUUGUUCAACUGAGUGACCUUCUUGUAAUUUGUUUUAUAAACAAGUCCAAUUAAAAUGACAUUAUUUGAAACCAGCUGAAAUAAAAACCCAUUUUAUGUGAAUUAAUUAGCCUUUCUCAAUUUAUUUUACGCCUUUGAAUUGCCCCCUGGAUUCCUUUAGGAAAACUACAGGAGAUAUCAGCCAGCUUCAACUGUUCAAAAAUUAAUUUCUACAAUGACUAGUAUAUAUUAGAUAUGAGAAAACAGAUAUGGAGAAAUUUAGUGACUAAUCCAAUUUGCCAAAAUAUAUAUCAAGGAUUAACUGAUUUCAAGUUCAGAAUUGUAGGCAAUACUUCUUCAUGUUUUCAAGCAGAGGAAUAAGAGGAUAUAAAUGGACCAAAAAGAGCAUGGAUAUGUUAAUCUGAAUCCUGUGUUUCUUUAGGGCAUGCUGCGACAGAAAAUACAUAUAUAUGAAAGAAUCAACUGUGCCCUGAGCCCUUACAUUUUUUGUGAGAAUGACUGCUUUUAUCACAUGGGGAAAAAUACAUCUCGUAACUAAUAUGGAAAUUACUUAAAAAAAUAAAUUUGCCGAAACCGUAAUCUCCAGUCAUUAGCACUUCAGUUAUUGCCAUCAGAAAAUAAUUUACAGAUCUCCUUGCAGCUGCUCGCAGCUGCUUAUCAAGAGAUUGUUGUGAGACAAAGCUGGGCCAGAAGAGGUUUUUCUCACCAUGCAGACAGUGUAAUUAGUUUAAGAAUAACUUUUCCCUCGUGUAUGUGAAACAAUUCUAUCAGGUAACAGGCCCAGCUACAUAGAUAUCACCAAUAAAUGCACCACCAAAUAGAGCUGGACAGUCAGCGAGGUAAGGUAUCUUGUGGAUGGAAUUGAUCACUAAAAGGUACUAAUCAGUGUAUUAAAGAUAGUUGUAGUAAGUCUUUGUAGAGUUAAAAAAUUAAAUAUUUGCUUUAGUCUGUUUGAUAAUAUUCAAGAAGCUACAGAGGAUUUUUACUGCAUAAUAGUUUAUAUUUUUGUUUUGUGGUAAGGAAAAUAUGUUUUCAUACGCCUUUUACUUCUUUCUGUGUAAUGUAAAAGUGUUGUUAAAGGGAAAAGCUCUUAAACAAGCCAAAUUAUCUGAGUGGAAACAUUUCUGACUUUGAGAUAAGAUUUUUAUUUCUGUAGGCAUUUUAUAUGCAUU